UCAAAAUACUUGCAUUAAACGUAUUAUUGAAAGCAGUAACAUAUCUUUAUAUGAACUUGAAAAAAUUAUAAUUAAUAGUAUUGAAGGUAUUCAAAAAGAGAAAAAAUAUGAAGAACAUAUCAGAGAAAUUCUUUUAAAAGUUAAUAUAUUAACAGUAUUUCCAGAAAUUAAGACACUUGUUACUUCUCAUUCUAACAUAGAAGAAAUUAAAUGUAUACCUACAAAUAAUCCACCUGAAAAUGAGGAUUUCAAAAGCGAACCUGAUAGUGUACUUAUGUAUACACAAUUCCUUUUGCAACAACUAGAUCAAAGAAAAAUUAAUGAAAUUUGGAAUAUUAGUAGAUUAACAGAACGUAAUAUGAAUCAUAUAUCUAGAAAAUAUCACAAUAAUGCAAUAGAAGAGCCUGAUUUCUAUGAACAACAAUUUAUAGAUGAAUCUAGUGCAGAUAACGAAACUUAUAAAAGAAUAUAUGUUUUAUGGAGAAGUAUGGAG